CUGAUCGGGAUUCUAUCGCUGCUCUUUUUGGUACAAACGAAACGGAACGGUGUUACUGAUAACGAUAAUAUUUUUGGUAGGUGCAGCUGAAAUACAUCAUACAUCACGGAGUGACAAUGGUGAGUCGUGGUGGUUUACAAGUUGCGUUACCCGCGUUGCUAAUCGUUGCACUACUCAGUUUACACUCAACAUCAACCGAAGGAGCAAACAUUCUCGGUGUGCUACCGACAUGGGCCAAAUCCCAUUACGUCAUCGGAGUCGAAUAUCUCCGAUUGCUGGCCGAAAUCGGACAUAAUGUGACUGUCGUUACUCCAUUUGAGCUUGCCGAUGCACCGGAGAAUUAUCACGAAAUAGUGAUGGAUGGCAUUUUGGAUGCGUCUCAAGGAUUGGAGAAGAACUAUUUCAAGUACAAGAGUGGUACAUUCCUAAAGAUUCUGUCGAUGCUGUACAAUGAUCUGUCCGAUACUACCUGUACCUUCGUGCUGCAGCAUCCCAAAGUCGUUAAAUUGCUGAACUCCCGUCAACAGUUUGACGUAGUGAUUGUUGAAAGCUUCAUGACGGAAUCGAUUUACGGAAUGGCACAGCAUUUCAACGCACCGCUGAUAGUAUUCUCCACCCUAGGAAGCAACAUCUGGACGAACGGGUUGGUAGGAACUCCGGCACCCUAUUCCCACGUGGCACAUUUAAUGCUAGGCUUAACUGAUCGCAUGCUGUUCUGGGAACGGAUGUACAACAUGUUAGUUGGUGUUGGUGAGCAACUGUACUACGACUUCAGGUAUCUUCCGAAACAAAAACGCUACUAUGAGAAGGCGUUUCCACAACCAAAGCUCACAUUUGAACAACAAAUGAGAAACGUUUCACUGAUUCUAUUGAAUCAACAUUUCAGUCUGGGCAGUGCUAGACCUUAUCCUCCCAACAUGGUAGAGGUUGGAGGUAUUCACAUUCGAAAGGUGAAGCCGCUUCCUUCAGAUUUAAAGCGAUUCAUCGAAGAAGCUCAUCAUGGUGUUAUUUACUUCUGCAUGGGAUCGCAUAUCCAGUCGAAGCAUUUUCCACAGGAAAAACGGAAUGCGUUCAUAGAAGUGUUCGCGCAAUUGAAGCAGCGUGUCCUGUGGAAAUAUGAGGACAACGCAAUCCUGAACACACCCAGUAAUGUUUUGAUCCAAGCAUGGAUGCCUCAGAAUGAUAUUCUGGCUCACCCAAACGUGGUCAUAUUCAUUUCACAUGGAGGACUGUUGGGCACGAUGGAAGCUUUGUUCCAUGGCAAACCCAUCAUCGGAAUACCCAUCUUCGGAGAUCAAAUGACGAAUGUGGAAAACGCAAUUCGUUCGGGUUAUGGUCUUAAACUAGAUUACGAUGAUUUGAAUAAGGACCGAAUUAGGGAGGCUAUAGAUAUCAUGUUGAACGAUAGAACAUACGCUUCAAAGGCUUCCCAGCAUUCUCGUUGGUUUCAUGACAAACCAAUGACGGCGACGGAAAAUGCUGUCUUCUGGACUGAAUACGUAAUCAGACAUCGAGGAGCACCUCAACUCCGAUCACCGGCUGUGGCUUUAAAUUUUCUGCAAUACCAUUCACUAGACAUUCUAACGGUAGUAGUAAUCUUUAUCAGUGUCAUUUUAGUCUUAACAGUUAUGUUGUGCAAUGUGUGCUUUCGUUCGAAAAAGAAAUUGAAAAAUAAUUAACUAUUUCAUAGUCACUAGAUCAAAAAACUCUACUUCAUGCAUAACGCAUAAUGGCAUGAAAAUGAAACGUUUUACUUUCCUCAUGUGAAAUAUCAGGAAAUUAGGUAACAUGUUAAUGUAUGUGUACAGAAGCACGUCAACGAUGACUGAACCAAAAGUAAAUACAAAUGAAAUGCUCAAAUACAUCGGUCAAUACGUUCUCGGUCUGACAGACAGAUGCCGCCACUAAUUAAAAAUCCUUCUUGUAUUCAAUAGAGACAUUCUUCAUAUGUCAUCGGUGAACAUCUGCAGAUUCAUUCAGCGCAGAUUCAAAAAAUGACAAUUAUAAUUAUUCUCUUCUUCUUCUUCUUCUUCUUCUUCUUCUUUCUUCUGGUUGACGUCACCUCACCCUUGAAAUGACGCCGAUUUGACAGCACAGCAACUUAGGCCAGUUAAUUUGCGUUUAUAGUCCAAUGUACUUUCUUUUCACUGGACUACAAUCGAACAUCUUGCUCUGUGGCUACAUCAAGUCCUCAAAGUACAGAUAAAAAUCCUUUCUUUCUUGCGAAAUACUCGGUUUAUCCGAUUUCAAAAUUUAUUUUUUCAUAUUAAAGUACAAUCCUUCCGGUUAAUUGUGGAAUAUAAUUUCGCCAUACAGUCAGUCCAGUUUUUUAGUACAUUUUCGAUUGUAUGCAGCUUUAUUUCAGCUAUGGCUGCUCGAAUGUUGUCCUUCAAGGCUUGAAUUGUCUCUGGCUUGUCCACAUAACACUUAUCUUUGACAGCCCUCCAAAGAUAAUAGUCUAACGGCGUCAAAUCACAGCUCCGAGGCGGCCAAACGACAUCCGAAUUUCGACUGAUAAUUCGAUCUUCGAAGAUUGUGCGCAGAAGAUCGAUCGUAGCGUUGGCUGUGUGGCACGGAGCGCCGUCUUGUUGGAACCAAAUGGUGUCCAAGUCUUCCUCUUCAAGUAACGGGCAAAACCAAUCGCUAAUCAUGGUGCGGUAGCGCUCGCCAUUGACCGUGGCGGUGGCUCCUGUCUCAUUUUCGAUGAAAAAUGGCCCAAUGAUGUCGCCAGACCAAAAUCCGCACCAAACCGUCACUCUCUGAGGAUGCCUCGGCUUCUCCAUGAUAACGUGCGGGUUUUCCGUCCCCUGGAUGCGACAAUUUUGCUUAUUAACAUACCCGCCGAGAUGAAAAUGUGCCUCAUCCGAGAAGAUGAUUUUUUGGCAAAAAUCGGCAUCUUCUUCUAGCUGAUCGCACUUUUUUCACGCGUUCCUCAAGCGUAUACACAACUAUUUUCGUUCAGCGGAAGGAUAAAACUAAGUUUCUGUCAAAUCAGAAGUGACAUUAAGGUUACCAAUGUCGAAAUAACCGCUAGUUCAAAAAAAUGUUAGAUGGCGGACCCUGUAUAUACUAAAAUGUCGAAUGAUAGAAGGUCGAAUGACAAAACGUCGAUGAACAAAAGGUCGAAACACCAAAAGGUCAACCACAAUUAAUAGCGAACUGCAAGGCAGUAAAUACUGAUCCAAACGAACACGGUUUACAGCACACGAGAACAUACUUGACAUGUUUGGCAUACUGCGGGACUUUGUUCAUAAUUUCAAAAUUCUUUUUUUAUACAUCCAAAUCUAUUUCGUCCCCCUCAAAGUUAGAGCAUAUUUUUAUAGAUUCCGUUUUGUGCGAAAGUUCAUACUCUGCAGAACGGUGCGGAAUUUUUUCACACAUGACGCGACGCUUCCCUAUGAAAU